AUGGCUACUACGGGAGAAUUGCAGCCGUCUUCCUCAACUUCGUCGUCCCUCUCCCCUCUCUCCCACGUGAACAGUUGUGUCGAUCCAAAUGAUAUCGACUCUUUUAUCAACUAUGACCAGUCAAUCUACCCUUCUCCAUCACUUUCCCCCGCUUCAUCCAGAGCUAAAACUACGAUGAACACGAGCCCUGUGUCAACUCCUACGGCAGGUCCGAACUUUUCAUCCAACAGUAACACUACCACCACGAGCCAGCAAUCGUCGUCCCAAGUUUUUUUCUCGGGUCCAAGCCAUGAAUAUGAUUCCUACAAACAGCAGACUGGCCUCCCUCCAGGCGGGUUAGCCAACACAAUGGCUAUUAACCGGAAUGUGGGAAUGGAUUUGGGGUUUGGGAAUCAACAUAAUUUCCUCAUGCCGUCCGAGGCCCUUAUAAACCCCACUCAAGAGAUCGUUAACUUUGGUUCCUCGCCUCUGCCAACUAUGCCAUCAUUCAGGAAUUCCGGUAUUGGUCUCGAUUUGGAGCCUGAUACGCCAACUGAUUUCAUGUUUAGUCCGCAGUUUACUACUGCAACUAAUAAAGCCCAGUUUGUGGACCCCAAUGCCCUGGGUGGUCACGAAUUAUCGACGCUCACCCAACCGAACCAAGUGGGACGCAUGUAUCCUGGAAUGCAUCAACAGCAGGCUGCGAUGGCUAAGGCUGCCCAACAUCAGAGACAGCAGGAGAUGAUCCGUCAACAGCAGCAACAGAAUCAGCAACAGAAUCAGCAACAGCAACAGCAGCAGCAGCAGCAACAACAACAACAUGCUCGCCAAGCAUCGAAGCCCCAAAACAAGGCCAGUCGUUCCAGCGAUCCUGUCGUUGAAGAGCGAAUUUCCCGUCUUCUGCACCAGAUGAGACAGAGCAGCGUGACUACUACUGCCGUGAAUGAGGAAGAUUCCAAGCCCCAGAAUGUUUCACAUAUCUCAAAACCGAAGAAGGACGAGGAUGAAAUGGAUGAGGAUGAACGCCUUUUGGCCAGUGAGGAAGGCAAGAAACUCAGCAGCAAGGAACGCCGUCAAUUGCGAAAUAAGGUCUCUGCUCGGGCAUUCAGAUCCAGACGCAAAGAAUAUAUCGGCCAGCUUGAAGGAGAAGUAGCCUCCAAGACCAACGAGGCAAAUGAUCUUCGCCUUCAGAACCGUGCAUUGGCGGAAGAAAAUGCUCGUCUCAUGGAUCUCACACGCAUGCUCCUGUCGUCUCCGCACUUCGCAUCAUUUCUGAACGACAUGUCUAUAAAUGGUCUACCUUCUCCCCAGCCAGGGCAACAGCAGACUGCAAUGCAGCCACCACCACAGCAACAACAGCAGCAGGCCCCGAAGGACCCCAAUCCGUCUCACGUUUCUGCAGAUAUCCAAAUGCAGAAUAACCAACUCGGCUUGGCCAUGGUUCCCGAGCAAGCAGUUGAUUUCGCAGGGAUGGACAUGAAUACCCCCGCCUGGAAUACCGGCAUCGACAUAAGCUAUAACAAUACACCAGUCUUCGCUGUAAUGGACGUCCCCGAAGGCCCUAAUCUCGAUAGUGCUAUUUUGUCGGGCAAAUCAUCCAAUUCUGUCGGGCCCCUCUCCUCAUCCGAGGAAAGUAAAGAACAAAUGCCGUCGAUUGAAAGACCACCACUCCCAGCGGUUAAUGAUUCGGCCGAAAAAGAGGGAAUGGAGAGUAUGAAGCCAAAUACUGAGAUGGAAAUCGAUGAGUCGGAUCCAUCUCUCGCCCUGUUCUACGAUCAGCCAAAGAGCACCAGCUCUCCAGCAACAGCACCGACGCUGACAUUCGAAGAUACGUUUGGUGGCAUCACGCCGGAAAAAUUGUUUACCCGAAUCGAUCUUGUCGUUGACGAUGAGAGCUUCCCUAAGCAGCAAGAACAAGCAGGAUCUACUGCCUAUAUCGGUGUCAGCACAGCGACGAUGGUACGCUUUGACCAACUGUGUGCGAGCAUAGAGGAUGCAUACCAACGCGUCUCGUUGGUAACUGCACACCUUGAUGACACGGUGGUCGGCGAUUCAGCGUCAGGUUAG